AUGGUGCUGCAAGGGGGCAGUGACAUGAAUCUCAAACGGCCUAGGAGCAGGAAGAAAAGGAUGGUUGACAGAAGUAAUUGGAGGCCAUGGUCAGAGCUCCCUGAGGAUUUGCUUGAGCUGAUAGCAAAGUCGCUAUGUGCUAUAGACUAUCUCAUGUUUGGCUGUGUUUGCAAAGGAUGGAGGUUAUAUGUUGCAGCGCACAGGCAGGAGUUUAUGGCAUCCCAACCUCCACUAGUUGUCUUAUUAUCGUCAUAUGCUAGGAGGACUUGUUACUUCUAUAGCAUAUUUGAUCAAAGGUUGUACAAGGCAAUAUUGCCGAACCUUGUUGGCAAAACAUGCUCUGGUGUCUAUUGUGGGUAUUUUGUCAUGUUAGACAAGAAAAAGAGUGCUGAUUCUCAAAUUUGGCUUUUGAAUCCUUUUACAAGACAUGAACUCUGUUUCUCUAGCCCUCCUAAUCCUUAUUUUUCUGUCAUCUUUGCAUCUUUACCUACUCCUUCGCAGGAGUUUGUAAUCAUAGCUAUUAAAGGAGGGUGCCCAUUUUUACAAUUCCACAAGUCCACCGAUAUCAAUUGGACUGUCUAUGAUUAUACUGGCCUGAUUAAGGGCCAUUUUGCAGACAAUUUUCGGUGGUUUGUAGAUGGAGCUGUCUUCAAGGGUAAGAUAUACAUUUUAACCAAUCAUGGUGAUAUUGGGAUAUUAAACCCAAAUUCCCAUCCUUAUGUGACCCUGUUGAAAGUAAAAGGCAUUGGAUAUAGGAGCUCUGGACUACAAUUGCUUGCUUUUGAAGAUAAACUCUUAAUGAUUCGUAGAUAUGAGAGAGUUUGGCAGCAGUUUAAAGUUUACGAGCUAAAUUUUUUGAAGAUGGAAUGGGUGAAGAUACAGAACCUCAAAGAUCAAGCUUUGUUUCUAAGUAACAAGAGCUCCGGAUUUAGUGACAUGACCAGAUGGAGGGGUAGCCAACAAACUCUGAAUUGUGGUGGAUGGAGUGUUAGCCAACGACCUAAGAAUUGCAUAUACAGUCUUGGAGCUCCAGUUGAGGAAUACAACAUACAGUUCCUGGAUGAUAUGUAUCCAAAGUCUUUCCCCAUCAUUGAUAUUGAAGAUUUUAUGGAUAUGAUGGAAGAAUCCUUAGAUGUUCCAUUGUGCUGCAAAAUAUCUAUCAGAGAUGCUUCCUCAGGUGCUCCGUUCUGGUAUUUUCCAAAUCUGUCUAGCAGUGUGGAUGCUCUCUAUGAUGACUAG